AUGCUCUACCUCAGCUACCGCCUCGAUGAGGGACAAAGGGCGGACGCCGAGUGGCCGCCCGCGCGUUCGCUUCGGACGCUCUGCGAGGCGUCUGUAGAGGCUUUUGAGAGGAAUCCACUGAAAAGCAUGAUCGUGCGCUAUCAUUACGCCCAGCGCGUCCUGCGGUCCCUUCAAGAGGUAGAGGAGAAGGCCCUGCUGCCCUGCUUCGCCUGCCGUGCGGAAGAAUGCGAUCAGCUUCGUUGGUAUGAGGCCAUCUUUAUCGCCACGCACGCCCCGAACGACCCGGAGAUGAUCUCUUCGAUCCACGAAACCGCCGUGGGGUUGCUCCCGCCAGCGGCGAUGGAGCUUAUUCGUAUGCAGACCAACCUCCGCCUGAAGUCCGUCAAGAAUGACAAAAACCCCGACUCUUCCGUUGCGCUUUACACGUUUCCGACGAACUUUAGCAGCAUCGGACUCUUGCUCUCGUCGGUGUUGUCGAGGGUAGCCAUUCCGAAGCCGGUGUUGAAGGAUCUUUACACACUGGCGGAAGCUCUGAAAGAUCAAGCGGAGCACGAUAUUAACACGAGCACCGUGCCGCAGGCUUUUUCGGACGCCACUAUGAACCCCAUUCCGACCUUUUGCGCGCCAACAAAGCGUCGUGCGAUCAGCAUUCAGCGGGAGUUUACACAAAAAAGAAAAAGCGUCUCAUCACAACGCUUUAUUACCCCUAUCCUCGAGCGUGUGGAGGAGUUCCUAAAACAUCUGAAAGAAAGGGGAAGUACCCCCACUUUCUCGGAGUCUUCGCUGAGCAUUACUUCAGGAGGGGCGAAUUUGGCAAUGAGGCAGCAGCGUGGGGUUCGUACUGUACCCCACCCUGAGAUCUGCUUUCAGUCUAGGGCAACAAUUAAUCUGACGAAUAAAGAAGAAACUGGAAACUCGCCUUCGCCAUCUGCGGAGCGGCCUGGACGACGAUGA